CUUCCAGAUUCGUUCUGUCGACGUCCGCUCAUUAAGAUCAGCCAACUCUUUUAAGGAUAUCACCAUGCGCCUAUCCUUCAUUGCUGUCCUACUGUCCGGUGCCAUUGCAUCUGUGUCCGCCCAGGACUUUCAAAACAUUAGUCCAUGCACUCAAGACUGUUGGAACCAAGCUGCUGCCCAGGCCGGGUGCGAUCCUAAUAAAGACGACGCAUGUCUUUGCGGACCCUUCUUCGACGCUGUUGCUGGCUGCGUUUCAGCAGUUUGCAGUGUACCUGAUAAUCUCGCCGCGCUCGACUUCUUGGAUUCGGCAUGUCAGUAACCGUGCUGUCUCGUUUUUCAACAUGCGCGACUUCAACAAGAUAAGCACUUGAGAGGAUUAGGAUUAGGAUAGGACAUGAUAUAGAUACCCUGAGCGAG